AUGCCAUUCCGAGUUUCGCGCUCGACGCGAUUAUCUGUUGUUAUUGCUAUAUCGACUUGUUUUUUUGUGGGAGAGAUUUCAGUGGGAUUCUAUACACAUUCACUCGCGCUUAUUGCAGAUGCCUUUCACUAUUUGAAUGAUUUAGUGGGAUUUGUCAUUGCUUUAGUGGCUUUGAAGGUCUCAGAAAGUGGUGACUCGCCUAGAGGCUUCUCCUUUGGAUGGCAGCGGGCGCAAUUGCUCGGUGCAUUUUUCAAUGGCGUUCUUUUGUUUGGGCUUGGAAUCAGUAUUUUCUUGCAGUCUAUUGAGCGAUUUAUUGCUCUCCGACGGAUUGAGGACCCUAAACUAGUCUUGAUUGUUGGAUGCAUCGGCUUAGGCCUUAACAUCAUAAGCGUGCUUUUCCUUCAUGAACAUGGACAUGACCAUGGCCAUGGCCAUGAUCAUAGUCUACCCAAAAUCGAAGGAGGACUAUCACCUAUUAGUGACGAUGAUCAAGACUCCAUCUCCAAGCAUCAUGAACACAAGCAUAUGUGCGACGAAAAAUCCAACGAUCCAAUCUCCCAUUGCAGCGACCACGGUCAUGGGAGUGGGAACGGGCAUGAUCAUAGCCAUGACCACGGCGAUCUCGGUAUGAUGGGAGUCCUUAUCCACGUCCUAUGCGAUGCAGCCAACAACCUCGGUGUUAUCGCCGCGGCUUUGGUCAUUUGGCUUGCAAAAUACGACGGUCGGUACUAUGCCGAUCCCGGGGUAAGCAUGGGAAUAGCUUUGAUGAUCAUUCUGUCAUCGAUCCCCCUUGUACGAAGGGCCGGAAUGAUCCUCCUGGAGAGCGCCCCAGCUGGGCUCGAUCUGAGUGAUGUGCAACACGAUCUUGAGAAGGUCCCCGGCGUGCACUCUGUUCACGAGCUGCAUAUCUGGCGUUUGAACCAACAGAAGACCCUCGCCUCCGUGCAUGUUGUUGUCUCUGAUCCUUCCGUCAGUGCCUUUCUUAAGACGGCGAAGACGAUUAACGAAUGCUUCCACGCUUAUGGUAUUCAUUCUGCGACAUUGCAGCCAGAGGCGAUGGAAUUCGAAACAGCUACCAUGUACCCGCACGGGGAGAAAUCGCCGCGGUGUCAAGUGCUUUUUGAUCUUAAGAUGUAA